CAGAGUCCCAUGCGCUUCCAUUCAUUAGCAGCGCGCAGGAGGGUGUGUGUGUGUGUGAGCGCGUGAGUGUGCGUGUGCGCGUGUGACACACGGGAUGAAGAUGAUGAGACUCCACUAGGACAAGUGAACCUUCUAGAUUGGAUAAAUUUCGGGAUCGGACCUGAUCGAGCGUGUCUGCGCUCGGACUCUCCAUCUGCGUCCAACCGGACACGUAUCUGCCAGUAUAGCCUACAUAUUGCUAGAAGAAUAUCUGCGUCUCUCUGUAUAAUGCCGACACAUAUGAGAUUUCGGAGAAGGUCAUUUCUCGGGCUUUUAUUUCUAUUCUCGCUCUCCACUUCUGCGCUGUACUUCAUCUAUUCGGCUCCCGGCAUAGUUAAUGAGUACCUGUUCAUGGUCCAGGCCCGCGGGAUCCAGAUCCGCGAGAAUGUUAGGAACAUGGGAGUUCAGGUUCUCGAGCAGAUGGUCCGCAGCGCCUACAAUGUCAACGGCACAGACUAUACGUAUGAGUUUAACUUAAGUGAGACGGAUGUUUCCACCACUCCUUACCUCCCGGAGGGCUUCACGUACAAGUCUGAUCAGGUCUGCCCAGAGAAACUGCCCUCCAUGAAGGGCAAGAUGAAAGUGAACAUGAGUGAGAUCGCUCUAGAGGAGGUUGAGAGACUUCUCAAGAAAGCAGAUCCUAGUUUGUCACUCGGGGGCCACUGGAAACCACACGACUGUCUCCCACGCUGGAAGGUGGCCAUCUUGGUUCCUUUCCGUAAUCGCCAUGAGCACCUUCCCAUACUUUUCCGACAUCUGAUCCCAGCUCUUCAGAGGCAGAGACUGCAGUUUGGUUUCUACGUUAUUGAGCAGGCGAGAGAUGAACCGUUCAAUCGUGCCAUGCUGUUUAAUGUUGGUUUCAAAGAGGCCAUGAAGGACUUGAACUGGGACUGCGUGAUAUUUCACGACGUUGACCACAUUCUGGAAAAUGACCGCAACUAUUAUGGUUGUGGUGAAAUGCCAAGACACUUUGCGGUCAAACUCAACAAGUACUCUUACAUGCUUCCAUACGAGGAGUUCUUUGGUGGGGUGAGUGGACUCACCGUGUCGCAGUUCAGGAAGAUAAAUGGCUUUCCCAAUGCAUUCUGGGGUUGGGGAGGGGAAGACGACGACCUAUGGAACAGGGUUCAGUUUGCUGGCUACAAAGUGAGUCGACCUCACGGAGACACUGGUCGCUAUAUGUCCAUACCACACCACCACCGAGGGGAAGUCCAGUUUCUAGGCAGAUACAAGUUGCUCCGUAGAUCCAAGGAGAGACAGAGCCUGGAUGGCCUGAAUAACUUGAAUUACUCCCCUCUAGUGUCCCGGAAGAGUCUGUACACUAAUGUGUCAGUGACGCUCAGUCGAGACCUGGCUCCUGUCGCCGACUACUGACACACAACACACGAGGAACAAGACAGACCCACGCCACAUGCUACACCAUUUUUAUAAGUUAUUUUUUAGAAAAUGUUGGGGGCGGGAGGGAUUCCUUGAAUCUUUAAUGCACAGAACAUUUUUAUUUUAUUUUUGCAUUUACUUUUCUACAUAAUUUCUUAAGAUCGUUUUACCACGGUUUUGUUUUUCCCUUGUCACUCAUCCACUGUCUGUCCGUCGCGUCAAUGGAUCCGUUCUUGAAUUCAAAACCCCAACUGCUGGUUUACCCUCGUCGGACCGAUCAGAUCCGACAUGUGGUGUGUGUCUUCUAAUCAGACUUCGCCUGGGGGUGAAGUCGCAUGUUUACAGCAUGAAUGAGAAAAGCUAUUGAACAAGUUCGUGACAAUUAUGCUAAACGACUUCAGAAUAGCCAUUGUAGGAGUUGAGGGAUAUGCCCUCGCCUCUGCCAGAAACAAACACAGCUGGUUCUGUGUGUUAGUAUGUAAACUGAUAAAUGCAAAUUCAAAUAUUUAUUAAAUAUAGAAUAAAUAAGCAUGCACUGAUACUUACGGUAGAUGCUACUAACAUCACGGGUUUAAGUGUGAGUAUUCACUCAUGAAACGUGGAAACGAACACGAUCAUUUUAGCUGUGCAAUACACGCUCAUCUUCCACGAUGCAUAUCGUUCAACGGAAAGAGUUUUCUCGACGUUAGCAUGAUCCCAUGAAACGGCUUGACAAGCGCAGUGUCCUUUCUUCCGCUGAAACAGGAAGCUGGGGCAUAACAAAGGGCUUGUACCUUUUGCGGACGGCCAGUAGCUUUUAGUUGAUGAUUUGCUACUCGCUUAUGUCCAAUCAAGGCAGGGUGGUAUUGAGAAGGGGACUUUCAAAUAUUCUCAUUUGUACAGUCAUUUGUAGUGAGUUUUCUCAACUCUUAGUAGUACACCAGCACAUUAAACCUAAUACACUCUUAAGAGCCGUUCUACAAACCACCUCAAUGCCAGCGAAUGCGCCUCGGUCUGAACGGUCACGCAUUUUUGCCCCGUUCACUGAGAUAUGUGUCAUCGGAAACUAGAUUAGGGCAGGCUGACUUGUUAGUUUUGAGAUUUGUCAAGCUGUAUUCAUCCGGGUCUGCCGGUUGUUUAAAACGUCGGAUUGUCUGUCGAACAAACAUUCUGUUGUUUGUGCUUACAGAGGGGUUUUUCCGCCGAUUCCUGCUUACGUUGUGUAGAUAUUGUGAGAGUGCUUCCCAUGCGCUUCCCUUCACAGUCAAAUCAACAUGCUUUGCAUUUUGAGCAAUAUGCCUUUCUGCGUGUGUAGUCACCUCACGGGUUAUGAAACCCUAUCGAGUUUUUAUACAGAGCCAACAUUUGACGUCGUUUUAAUUCCGAGUGUUGUCGCAACUCUACCAGACCAAACACAAAGACACUUCGGGCCUCAUUCGAGAAACCGCUCGCGCUCAAGAAAUAUGUAGAGACAUAGAACGCGUUCAAACAAUAUAGAGAUAGUUUACGUUCGUGAAAGCAGAUUGAAUUUGUGUCGUCAUUCGUAAAAAUUUGCUGCAACUUCUUUUAUGAACGACGAAAUCUGUCCUGCUCAAUUUCCAAUGUCCAUAUCAGUUAUUUAUGAACCGUAAAUGAGGCCCUUUGCUUUCAUUCCACUGUAAUAGCACAUUACCAUUACACUCACUUAUGUCAUUUAGAGACAUUAGAGGCUUCGUAAUGCGUAACUGUGAGCGUGUUCGUGAGCAUUCAUCAAAUCACAGAGGCUGGACCUCGUAUUUAUUCAUUCUUUUAUGAACAUUUGUUUGUAGUUUUAGUUCGUUUUGACAUAUUUCUAUCUUGUUUUACUGCGAUCGUAGGGAAACAGAUCAAGAGAGAUAACUGUGAUGUAAAAACAAGCACUGAAACAGGUUGUGAGGCUGAUCUUGGGACGAGAGUCUGUUGCUGUUAAACUCGAUGGACAGAUGUUUCGUAUGAUGACACGAGAGAGCGAGAAGGUCAGAGAGACGGUUCUUGAGCGCCCAGUGAACUCAUCCUGCCCUGAUAACUAAUGGUGCUGGCCUCACAGACAUUAGUACUGUGCUGCCGUCGUACUCUUGUCUUGUAACAGAUAAUUAGAUGGGACUGAAUCUAAUUGCACUCUUGCCUCGGUGACCGUCUCGGCAGCGUUAUCUAUCCGUGUAGCAGGUAAAUUGCGUUUAGCUAGACGUACGCUCAAGCAGAUCUUUCUGAUGUUUCAUUCUCUCUGUGUUUGACGUUUAUGGAGUUCUGCGCCAAUGCUUUGGGGUCCUUUUUGCUUAUUUAACAAUUAGCAGUUAAUGCCCUUGCGUACUGUCCGAACCCAAUGCAACACGACAAGACCCAAACAUGAUGCCACAAACCGACAAAAUGAGCUCUUGCCUGUCAAGUUCGGUUCGGAAAAAUCAAUCGGCGCUGGAUUGCGCGUCAAAAUAAACCGUUCGUUGCGCGCCCGUAAAAAUAGGGCGCACUGUAGGACAUUUUUGUACAGAUUUUUUUAAGAAUCAAAUAAGGAUUUUAAAAAUUCCAAAGAAGUUCGUCUUGUUUUCUUUUUGUUUGAUUCCAUGCUUCUAAAUUAUGAUUUAUAUCUGUUAUGAUUUUUUCCCCCCCCCGUUUUAUAAGAGUUGUAUCUUUUGUGGAAUCUACUGGCCCUGCUCCAUUUUUCUUCACGGGCCCCCGUCAUUGGCACACUCCAGUCCACUAUAUAACUCAUUCCGCUCCAGCUGAUAUGACGGGGAGGUCCACGACCCAUCCCUUGAACAACUGGCUGCCUUAAAACCUGUUAAUUUAUUCGAUAUAAUCAUGUUUUUAUUUUUUAUAAGCAAAUAUAUUUAAUAUGUUAAUGUGUUUAUUUACUUGUGCAUAUUGCGUAGUGUGUUUUGGGAAAAAAAAGUCAUAUAAAGGAACUUCAAAGAUUGACUUGCUAAUAAGAAUUUGGAGCCCUUAAGUCAGACAAUGAUUCGGUGCCAUUGACCUCUCUCUGAAUGCCAUGAGCUAUACGAGCUGUAUUUUCUAUUCACUCUAUUCUUUUUAAUCAUAACAGGCCUUAAAUACUGUUUUUAUGAUCAUUUGUGAUGAUGAUGACGGAGAUGUCCCUCUAUGACAUUAUCGUAUCUUACUAGGAUUUUCGUCGGCCAAACGCAUUCAUUUUCCAAAUCCUCGAGAUGAAACAUUCACUAUCAUUUGUAUAAUAUCAAGACAACAGAAAUGUUAUGAGAAACUAAGAUGCAUUAUAAGGGGAUCGGGUCUCCUUGUGAGUGAAGUGAAGCCAUCUGCCACUCGUACAACACAUCUCAGCCUUAGUGUUUCUGUAUGAACACUUUCUAUGAUGUGAGAUCUUUUUUUCUAUUAUCAUUGUUGAAAUGACUGAAGUGCACCAAUAAAAGUGACUUUAAGCAA